CUCAAUUUUACGGUUCAGUUACCGAGGAGUGGCACUUCUCUUAUACGUGAAAGCUUACAUUCAAAAAACUGAUGCUGGAAAACUCUGCACCGUUCUUUUAAACUCUCCCGUUCGAUUAUCAUUAGAGGCCAUUCUUCUUGAAAAUGAAAAGGAGUUCCCGAUAAAGUGUUGGAAUGAAAGAGGAGCAAAACAGAAGGAAAUAGAAAAGGGAGAAAGGGAAAGAAAUCACGAGGAAGGAUCUCUUUAUAAUCUUCAGGAAAUUCUGUCGAGGGAAAGGAUGAAUUUUGCACGAUUAAUCAAGGAACGAAGAAGCACUUCUUCGAUUCAGCUCGAAGGCGUACACCCUUUCGAAUUACCACGGUUCGAUUCACAUCUGCAACACCAAUGUACAGGAAAAGUACGAGGAGAUGAAGAGAUGAAGAGAAAAAGGCGACGUAGAAAUUCUCAGGGAAUCGAGAAGUCGAUGCACCGCCAUGCUGGAAUGGGAUUGCGAGAAGCUGAACGAAUAUUUAAAGAAUCACCUCACAUGCAACGAUCUAGUUCGAGAAUUACUAAGCCCUUCUACGAUCAAAUACUCGAGAGUCUGAUUAAAGAUGCUGCUGCUGCUGCUGCUGCUGUUCGAUCAUCCCUUUUACGAGCUGGAUUAUUAUUAUCUGUUUGAUUCGUUCAUUCUAAGGCUCUGCGGAUAUUUCUUUUUGCUAUGUGAAGAAAAGGAAGAAGAAAAAAAUGAGAGAGAGAAAGAGAAAAAAAAAGUAAGAGAAAAAGAAACGAGAAAAAAGAAAGUUGAGAAAAAUGAAUCGAAGGAUGAAGAAAAAGAAAAAGAAAAAGAAAAAGAAAAAGAAAAAGAAAAAGAAAAAAAAAGUUGAAGAAAGAAUCCCGAUUAAAUCGAUCGAUCGGUCUUCUCUUCUAUAGCCAUUUCGUAAAUUUUCUAUCCUUUAUCCGAAAAUAUCCUUAGCUCUAUAAGUCUGGCAAAUAUAAAAGAUGAGAAAGAAGUAAAAGUAUAGAGGAAAAAGUAGAAGAAGGUGAUCCCUUGGAAGGUACAUAUAUAUAUAUAUAUAUAUAUAUAUAUAUAUAUAUAUGUAUGUAUGUAUGUAUGUAUGUAUAUAAGAUCUUCCCGAGCUGAGAAUGAUAUUAUUCGGUAACGGUAUUAGAAGGAACUCGUCUAAGGUAAGAAA